UUCUGUGGCCGCGGCAGUUUCCUGGUGAUGACAUGGCAUCUGCCAGCUCCAGCCGGGCAGGAGUGGCCCUGCCUUUUGAGAAGUCUCAGCUUACUUUGAAAGUAAAGGGCCUGCAUGCAGAGCUACUAUUGCACCACCAGGUGGCCUCAGUUAACCUUGGUCUAUGUUGGUGUCAGCUAAGCCCAAGGUGCACAAUCGCCAACAUCGAAUUAACUCAUUUGUGGAAGUGGCAGUGGAUGGACUCCCCAGUGAGACCAAGAAGACUGGGAAGCGAAUCGGGAGCUCCGAGCUUCUCUGGAAUGAGAUCAUCAUUUUGAAUGUCACGGCCCAGAGUCAUUUAGAUUUGAAGGUCUGGAGCUGCCAUACCUUAAGAAAUGAACUGCUAGGCACUGCCUCUGUCAACCUCUCCAAUAUCCUGAAGAACAAUGGAGGCAAAAUGGAGAACACACAGCUGACCCUGAACCUGCAGACGGAGAACAAAGGCGGUGUUGUCUCAGGCGGUGAGCUGACAAUUUUCCUGGACGGGCCGACUGUUGAUCUGGGAAGCGUGCCUAAUGGCAGUGCUGUGACAGACGGAUCACAGCCACCUUCAAGAGACUCCAGUGGGACAGCUGUCACCCCAGAGAAUCGGCCCCAGUCCCCCAGCACAAACUGCUUUGGAGGGAGAUCCCGGACGCAUAGACAUUCAGGUGGUUCAGCCAGAACAACCACAGCAACCGGUGAGCGAAGCCCUGGUACUAGCAACCGGCACCGCCAGCCCAUCAAGAACCCAAGCCACAGUGGCUUGGCCAAUGGCACAGUGAAUGAAGAACCUGCUGGAGCCACUGAUCCUGAAGAACCUUCUGUUGGUGUAACAUCCCCACCUGCCGCAGCAUCAAGUGUUACCCUGAACCCUACUGCAUUGUCUCUCCCCGUCCCAACCACGUCAGCAGAGGGAGAGGAGCCCAGCACCUCGGGCACACAGCAGCUCCCGGCCGCUGCUCAGGUCCCCGAUGCUCUGCCUGCUGGAUGGGAACAGCGAGAGUUGCCCAACGGCCGUGUCUAUUAUGUUGACCACAAUACCAAGACCACCACCUGGGAACGGCCUCUUCCUCCAGGCUGGGAGAAACGCACAGACCCCCGAGGCAGGUUUUACUAUGUGGAUCACAACACGCGGACCACCACCUGGCAGCGCCCCACCGCCGAGUACGUGCGCAACUACGAGCAGUGGCAGUCACAGCGGAAUCAGCUCCAGGGCGCCAUGCAGCACUUCAACCAAAGAUUCCUCUACCAGUCUUCAAGUGCUUCAACCGACCAUGACCCACUGGGCCCCCUCCCUCCUGGCUGGGAGAAAAGACAGGACAAUGGACGGGUGUAUUACGUGAACCAUAACACACGCACUACCCAGUGGGAGGACCCUCGAACCCAGGGAAUGAUCCAGGAACCAGCUCUGCCCCCAGGGUGGGAGAUGAAGUACACCAAUGAGGGGGUGCGCUACUUCGUCGACCACAAUACUCGCACCACCACCUUUAAGGAUCCUCGCCCAGGGUUUGAGUCAGGAACAAAGCAAGGUUCUCCUGGUGCCUACGACCGAAGUUUUCGGUGGAAGUAUCACCAGUUCCGUUUCCUCUGCCAUUCAAAUGCCCUCCCCAGCCACGUGAAGAUCAGCGUUUCCAGGCAGACACUUUUUGAGGAUUCUUUCCAACAGAUCAUGAACAUGAAACCCUACGACCUGCGCCGCCGGCUCUACAUCAUCAUGCGUGGCGAGGAGGGCCUAGACUAUGGGGGAAUUGCCAGAGAGUGGUUUUUCCUCCUGUCCCACGAGGUGCUCAACCCCAUGUAUUGUUUAUUUGAAUAUGCUGGGAAGAACAAUUACUGCCUACAGAUCAAUCCUGCCUCCUCCAUCAACCCCGACCACCUGACCUACUUCCGCUUCAUUGGCAGAUUCAUUGCCAUGGCUCUAUACCAUGGGAAGUUCAUUGACACAGGCUUCACCCUCCCUUUCUACAAGCGGAUGCUCAAUAAGAGACCAACCCUCAAAGACCUGGAAUCCAUCGACCCUGAAUUCUACAACUCUAUCAUCUGGAUCAAAGAGAACAACCUAGAAGAGUGUGGCCUUGAGCUGUACUUCAUCCAGGACAUGGAGAUUUUGGGCAAGGUGACAACCCACGAGCUGAAGGAAGGUGGUGAGAGCAUCCGCGUGACAGAGGAGAACAAGGAGGAGUACAUCAUGCUGCUGACUGACUGGCGUUUCACCCGGGGUGUGGAAGAGCAGACCAAAGCCUUCCUGGACGGCUUCAACGAGGUGGCCCCCCUGGAGUGGUUGCGCUACUUUGAUGAGAAAGAGCUGGAGCUGAUGCUGUGCGGCAUGCAGGAGAUAGACAUGAACGACUGGCAGAAGAACACCAUCUACCGGCACUACACCAAGAACAGCAAGCAGAUCCAGUGGUUCUGGCAGGUGGUGAAGGAGAUGGACAACGAGAAGUGCAUCCGGCUGUUGCAGUUUGUUACAGGGACCUGCCGCCUGCCUGUUGGGGGAUUUGCUGAACUCAUUGGUAGCAAUGGACCACAGAAGUUUUGCAUCGACAAGGUUGGCAAGGAAACCUGGCUGCCCAGAAGUCACACCUGUUUCAACCGUCUGGAUCUCCCACCAUACAAGAGCUACGAACAACUGAAAGAGAAGCUGCUGUACGCUAUAGAGGAGACCGAGGGCUUUGGACAGGAGUAACUGGGGCUGCCCCUCCCAUGCCCCCCACACACCUGUAGUCACAAAUCCUUCCUGCCUGAGAGGCUGCUGGCCGCAGCCCCUGGGAGGCCCCCACAGAUGGUGGCUCGGCGUGGGACCACACUGUCAUCAGGCUGCUGGCAGCAAAGCCUGACCUCAAGGGGCCCUGCCCACCCCUCCCUCCUUCCCACUGGUGGCAGCCUGGAAUAAAGCCCCCUGGUCACCUUAGCCUUGUCUCCCAUUGCAGCCUGGAGGGCUGACCCUCUGCAAAGCUCACUGAGCCUCCUCCUUCCCUAAAGCCAGCCCUCAGUAUUUGGGAGUGUGCAAGGGAGUGUGCCCGUGCUGAAGGGCUGCAGCGCAAGCCCCAGGCCUCCUGGGCUAAUUAGACAAGAAGGAGACUGGCCACUCGGGGUAGCUGUCUGGGAUGAGAAGGCUCAGCAUCUUAGCCAGUAAAAGAGGUUCUGUUUUAAAUAGAACCUGUCCGGUGAUCCGUGUGAAAUGAAGGUCUGAGAGGCGCUCUUCCCACACCCAGAGUUCUGAAUGAGGCUGCUGGCUUCCUUCCCCUGCAGGCUCUGGCCAUGGAGGCGGAGCAGCAGGCGCCUCUCUCCCUGCAGGCUGGCCGGUUCGCGCUUCCCAGCCAGUCAAGGGCUGUGCAGCCGCUGAUGGCAGUGGGAUGGAAAUAGCAGACUCAGACUUCCUCUUCCCUUUACAUAAACUUGAAGCAUUUUGUGUGUCGGGUUGCUUUGUGUUUUGUUGCUGGUUUGCCGCUGUCACUUUCUGUUGAGCUGGUGCACCAAAUGUUGCUAGGACCUUGAGGGACCCAGCACCAUUGGUCCAAGAAUUUCCCAAAUAGCUGCUUCGCUUAGGAACCAACUUGGCAGUUCUGUGAGCCCAGGCAAGCUGACUUCACAGUGGCCUCAUCCCUGAACCUUGACAGAGAGGCAAGGGGGCGGUGCCCUGAGUGCCACCCCACCUUGCCACCUUUGAUAGGAAAGACUCCCUUUGCUAGAUGUAGUCACCAGGCUGUCGGCCUCCAGGUGGGUGGGUCAGUCCCCCGUUGAGAAUGAAGUGCACCCCGCCACUCUAGUGAGCGUUCCUUCUGCCCAGAAGUGAGGCUUUGUCUGCACAUGGGAAACCAUGCUCGUGGAAGCCGCUGAGGGGCCCUGAGCUGCUGCACACAUCUGACUUGAUUUCUGGAGCCCCUGCUGGGCUCCGUCGUGGGCAUUCUGCUGUAUGACAUCUUCAAGGUGAACAUGUUCCUCGGAGAUGCUGGAGCCAUGGUUGUCAUGAGCUGCCCAAUCCAGCCCCCCGGUUCUAGCACCGAACACCAGCUGCAGACUAACUCCAGCUUUCUGGGACCCCAGGCAGGCCCUCAGACGGGUCCUGGCCUUCAGAGGGUAGUUUCAUGUUCCCAGAUCUGUGUCCUUUCCCCGAGCCCGUGGAGGGACAGCCGUGUCUGCUGUCUCAUUGCAGCUCAGCCCUUCUCUUCCCUCGAGUCUGCUGUGCUUCCCUGCAGAGACUCACCACGUUGGGUCAGAUGCGAGCUGCCGUGCGGAGUUUGGAGACCGCGGGCUCACGUGUGUUCAGAGUGUGUUCAUGUGUGCGUGUGUGUACAUACAUGUAUAUAACAGGUGUCUACGGAAUGUCCUUCAGUAGCUCUGGGUUGGCCAUCAGAUUGUUUUGUAAUGUUCAGCCCCUUGCCUUGAUAUUGCCAGUUUCUUGUGCAAUAAACAGUCAGCAGCUAUGGGUGGUGUUGGUGUGUUGUCUCCAAAAUCACUGUCCCAGGUAAGAGGCCUCUGGGCCCCAUGGGCCCUCGAGGUCCGGAAGCUCCAUGGGGCAGAAGUUCCAUGACCUUGCUGGUUUUGAGAAGCAUGUGCAUCACUAACCAAGACAGCACACUUCUGAUGGGUCGCUAAGUCAGGGUCCAGGGGUCACCGGCUUCAGCUCUUGAGUUGCUUCACUGCCCCCUUUUGGCUGGGGCCAGAACACCCAGCAGGUGAGGCCGCAGGUUGGACAGGCUGUGGAAACCAGCUCCUGGGGACAGCAUUCUGGGCAGUUAGUUAUUCCAGAAACAUUUCGUGGUGGUUCUCAAGUUUGAUGAUAGCAGGGCUCUUCGAUCUGGAGUUCCUGGUCAUACAGGGUUGUCCACCUACCUUUUAGAGUACUUCGGAGUUCAGAUGGGGCAAGUUACCAUGCUGACGGGUCUCAAUGCGUUUGACACAGAAACGACUUGGUCAGGGAUGGAGCCGUGCCCGGAUUGUGCUCCUCAGGGAGGUGAUGUCCAGAGGGGCUCCUUCCUGGAUGUGUCAGCUGAAUUCAUGCCCUGCCACCCAGCUUCAAAGCCUCUUUCUACUUGACAGGGC